CCUUUCUCAGUCAAGAACCCUAACUUUGUCACUCACAAAUUUUCAGAUCUCUUUCUACAAUUUCUUCACGAUAAAUUUUGCUCUGAAAUCAAUCAAAUGCCUGUAAAUUUGUCAUCGAACGGUAUUCCAGCGAUUCUCGCUGGCGACAUGAAUUCGAAGCCGUUGCUACAGAUAUUAGAUAUCAAACCCAUCAAUUCAUCACAGGAGAGGUACCGUUUGAUUCUCUCCGAUUCCGUGUUGACUCAGCAAACGAUGCUCGCUACGCAGCUUAACGAUCGAGUCAAAAACGGCGCUGUUCGUGUAGGAUCCGUUGUUCAACUCAUCGAGUACAUUUGCAGCACAAUUCAAAAUCGGAAGAUCAUUGUUGUCCUAAACAUGGAAACCAUUAUACCCGAAUGUGAAAUCAUUGGAAACCCAAAGAUGUUCACAGAAUCCGACACCAUCUCUCACAAUCCACCUCCUAAUGGCAUCUCCCACCACACACCACCACCCUCUAACCACCGCCUAAAUCCCACCAACACAACCAACAACAUUCAAACCUUCCGCCCAACUGUCCAACCACCAUACCAACCACCACCAAUCUACAAACCCCACGGAGCAAUCACAAAAAACGAAGCACCACCACGCAUCAUCCCAAUCACCGCCCUCAACCCCUACCAAGGCCGGUGGGCCAUCAAAGCAAGAGUCACCGCCAAAGGAGAUCUCCGGCGAUACAACAACGCGAAAGGGGACGGAAAAGUCUUUUCCUUCGACCUCCUCGAUUCCGAUUCCGGUGAAAUACGUGUCACGUGUUUCAAUUCUGUUGUUGACCGAUUCUAUGACACUAUCGAAGUAGGAAAAGUUUAUAUCAUUUCAAAAGGUAGUUUAAAACCCGCAAAGAAAAACUUCAACCAUUUAAACAACGAAUGGGAGAUUUUUCUCGAGUCCUCUUCCACAAUCGAUCUUUGCACAGAUGAAGAUUCUUCAAUCCCACAACAACAGUUUUCAUUCAAACCGAUUAGUGAAAUCGAAACACUUGAAAACAAUUCAAUCAUAGACAUCAUUGGAAUCGUAACUUCAGUCGAUCCUUCUGUUCCAAUCUUGAGAAAAAACGGAAUGGAAACACAAAGAAGGAUUUUAACCUUAAAAGACCAAUCAAGUUUCAGUGUGGAGUUAACACUUUGGGGGGAUUUCUGCAAUCGAGAAGGUCAAACCCUUCAAGAAUUAGUCAACUCCGGUUUGACCCCUGUCUUAGCAGUCAAAUCCGGAAAAGUCAACGACUUCACCGGAAAAACAAUCGGAACUCUUUCAUCAACUCAACUCUUCAUCGAUCCGGAAUCUUCCGAAGCCGAUAACCUAAGAUCCUGGUUCAACACCAGGGGAAAAAACGUCAUUUCCCAAUCAAUCUCCCGCGAAACCGGGUCGAAAACCGAGACCCGUAAAACCGUAUCGCAAAUCAAAGAUGAGGGUCUCGGUCGAUCCGAGAAACCGGAUUGGGUUUCUAUAAAAGCGACAUUAAUUUUUAUAAAAACUGACAACUUUUGUUACACUGCAUGUCCAUUAACAAUUGGGGAUCGAAAAUGUGGCAAGAAAGUGACAAAAUCAGGUGGUUUAAAAUGGCAAUGUGAUAGGUGUAAUAAGGAAUUUGAGGAGUGUGAUUAUAGGUAUCUUCUUCAAUGUCAAGUUCAAGAUCAUACUGGGUUGACUUGGGUGACUGCUUUUCAGGAAUGUGGGGAGGAGAUUUUGGGGUGUCCUGCAAAAGAGCUUUAUGUGAUCAAAUAUGAAGAACAGGACGAUGAACGUUUUGGGGAGUUGAUUAAAAGUCGGCUUUUUGCUGAGGUGGUUUUGAAGUUGAAAAUUAAAGAGGAAGUGUAUGGGGAAGAACAGAAGGUGAAGAUUACUGUUGUGAAGGUUGAUAAGGUGGAUUAUGGUUCUAACACCAAGUUUCUUCUGGAUUCGAUUAAAAUGAAGAGGUAAAUUUUGUUGAUUAAUUGAGUAUUGUUUUUUACAUUACUGAUUACUAGAUAUAGUUCUUUGCAUUCGAAUUAAUUUGGCACU